GACGUGAGAAGUCGUAUAUCGUAUAUCGUAUAUCUAUCUCUCGAUCAGGCGCUCUCUCUCUCUCUCUCUCUCUCUCUCUCUCUCUCCCGAUUUCUGCAAAUCUGCUAUUGCCCAUCGCAUACUUCUCCCACGCUCACCCAAACUUCAAUCAGGCAUGAACAAUACCCAACCCUCUCCUUCUACCCUCCAAACUCCCACCAAAUCUUAACUACCCAUUAACUAAUAACUAACCCCCCAAAACACCACCAAUUCAGAUUUGACCCCCCCAAGAAAUGGACCAAAACCCAAGACCCAAAAGCCUCCUCGACUCCGUCGGCGAAGAAAUCAUCAGAAUCGUCACCCCCGUUUCAAUCUGCAUGCUCCUGGUGGUCAUUUUAGUCACCGUACUGAGCGACGACUCUGAAUCUCUAUCAUCCUCAAUGACCACCGUAGCCACCGUAGCCUACACCGAGGACAGCUCAGACUCCACCUGGGACAAAUUAAAAGGUGCCCUUUUGAACUCUCUCGUUUUUGUUGCUGUUGUCACUGUCGUUACCUUCAUUUUGGUCCUCCUUUUCUACCUUAGAUGCACUAAGUUCCUUAAAUACUACAUGGGUUUCUCCUCUUUCCUUGUCCUGGGUUUCAUGGGGGGUGAGAUUGUCUUGUUCUUGAUCCAAGAUUUUAAUGUCCCUAUCGAUUGCAUCACGUUUGCGCUGGUUCUGUUUAACUUCACUGUUGUGGGUGUUUCGGCCGUGUUCUUGUCGAAGAUGCCAAUCUUCUUGACACAAGCUUAUUUGGUUGUUAUUGGGGUGUUGGUUGCCUAUUGGUUUACCCUGUUGCCUGAAUGGACCACUUGGGUGCUUCUGGUUGCCAUGGCAUUGUAUGAUCUUGCCGCCGUUUUGUUGCCCGGUGGGCCGUUGAGGCUCCUUGUGGAGCUCGCGAUUUCUAGGGACGAAGAUAUACCAGCUUUAGUUUACGAGGCUAGGCCAGUUAUUCAUAACGAUUCGGUUCCGGGCGGGGGUGUAGUUCAAAGGCGAGUAUGGAGAGAGAGGAGCAAUGUUGGUUCAGAGGGGAUUGGAAAUGCAAAUUCUGGCAGUAAUACUUCUGAUUUGAAUGUCGGAACAUUUCUGGGUAUUGGAAGUGGCCAAAGUGAGACCAAUUUGGUCGAUGCCAGGGAGGGGCUGGUUUCAGGGGAGGACUCUCAGCUCACCGCACCAUUAAUUGAAAGAAGAAUAAACAUUCAUAUGCACUUACAAGAGGAUACCUCGUCCACGGAAAAUUUGGCUCUCGAGGGAAUUGGGCUGGCAUCAUCUGGUGCUAUUAAGCUGGGACUGGGGGACUUUAUAUUCUACAGUGUUUUGGUUGGAAGGGCAGCAAUGUAUGAUUUUAUGACGGUUUAUGCGUGUUAUCUUGCAAUUGUAGCGGGUCUUGGUAUUACUCUGGUGCUCCUGGCAUUUUAUCAGAAAGCUUUGCCUGCUCUUCCGGUGUCUGUCAUGUUAGGCGUGUUGUUUUACUUAUUAACUAGGCUGUUACUUGAAACUUUUGUUGUACAAUGUUCUGUGCACCUCUUGAUGUUCUAGGCAUGUUAAAGUAGGAAUGGAAUACAUUGUUCUUUUGCAGCAAUUUAAUCCCCCCAUGUGCAAAUUAUGGGUAAUCCAAUUUGUAUUGUACUCAAUGAUGUAAACUGCAAAGUUACUUGCCUUCCCUUUGGAUGUGAUUGCUUUAGUCUGUUAGCAUGUCA